GUCGCCAUGGGCCGCCGCCCCGCCCGCUGGUUCGGCGCCCUCACGGCCUUUGUGUGCCAUCCCCGUCUUAUUUCCAGGCGAUGUGCCGUGUGGGCUCCUUGGACACCAAGGGCAGUCCCAGAAAAGCGUGUUCAGCUGCCUCGUGUGCCCCGCAGGGGGCGCCCUUCACGAGACUUGGAGGCCAACUUCAUGCCACGUGCCCAAAGGACUUUAGUUACCGGUAUUGUAAGAACAAGCCAUACCCAAAGUCUCGCUUCUGCCGAGGUGUCCCUGAUGCUAAGAUCCGCAUCUUUGACCUGGGGCGGAAGAAGGCAAAAGUGGAUGAGUUCCCACUGUGUGGCCACAUGGUGUCGGAUGAGUAUGAGCAGCUCUCCUCUGAAGCCCUGGAGGCUGCCCGUAUUUGUGCCAACAAGUACAUGGUGAAAAGCUGUGGCAAAGAUGGUUUUCACAUCCGAGUGCGGCUCCACCCCUUCCACGUCAUCCGCAUCAACAAGAUGUUGUCCUGUGCUGGAGCUGAUAGGCUCCAGACAGGUAUGCGUGGUGCCUUUGGAAAGCCUCAGGGCACAGUGGCCAGGGUCCACAUUGGCCAGGUCAUAAUGUCCAUCCGCACCAAGCUGCAGAACAAGGAGCAUGUGAUUGAGGCCCUCCGUAGGGCCAAGUUCAAGUUCCCUGGCCGCCAGAAGAUCCAUAUCUCCAAGAAGUGGGGAUUUACUAAGUUUAAUGCAGAUGAAUUUGAAAACAUGGUGGCAGAAAAGCGGCUCAUUCCAGAUGGCUGUGGGGUCAAGUACAUCCCUAAUCGUGGCCCCCUGGACAAGUGGCGGGCCCUGCACUCCUGAGAGCCUUGGCGCUGCCCCCUCCCUACCCACGCCCACCAAUAAACUCUACUUUCUUUUCCCUGUC